CAAACAACACUUUUCACCAUGGCAACCACAGGCAUGCAGUUGCUAGGCCUAAUCCUGUCCAUCGUGGGCUGGGUAGGUGGGGCAUUAGUGUGUGCCAUCCCCCUGUGGCGUGUAACCGCCUUCAUCGGUAACAACAUAGUGACGGCUCAGAUCAUUUGGGAGGGCCUUUGGAUGAAUUGUAUUGUGCAGAGCACAGGCCAGAUCCAAUGCAAGGUGUACGACAGCCUGUUAGCCCUGCCCAGCGACAUGCAGGCUGCCCGAGGCCUCACAGUGCUCUCCAUCCUGAUCUGUGGCUUGGCUCUGGCUCUCGGCGUCGUAGGGGUCAAGUGCACCAAAUGCAUUGGCGUAAACAGUCUCAAAGCCCGCAUUGCUCGAAUCUCUGGUGCCCUCUUUGCCAUCGCAGGGUUCCUCUACCUUGUGCCCAUCUGCUGGACUGCCCACUCCAUCAUCAGGGAUUUCUAUGACCCACAUGUGGCAGCCCCACACAAGCGUGAGCUCGGGCCUGCCCUGUACAUUGGCUGGGGGGCAUCAGCCUUGCUCCUUAUUGGGGGAUCGCUCCUGUACGCCGGGUCAAGUCCCCCUGGCAUCCCAGGAUCUCCCACCUUCAGCAGUGGAGAAAGCAGUCCCCGCAGGGCACCAGCCACACAAGUGAAAGGCUACGUCUAAGCUCUCCAAAAAUGUCUGAAUACAUACAAGUCCCACAAAUCCACCCUGACCGCUGACACACCUUUUUCCUUUUCUUUUCUUGAUAUUCCUUAUUUUAAUGAUUUGAUAUUUAAUGUUAUUCCUUUUUGCUUUUUUCUUUGCCAAGCCGCAGGAGGCUAUUUUGGAAAAUUUGAACUCAUUUUGUUAUUUCAUACCCUACAGCAUGUCCUCCGAUAACCUUUUUUUCCUCUGUUUUUCAAUGUAAAAUACAAUAAAAAUUUCUGGUUCUUCCAGUUCCUCCGCAGAAGAAAAAGAUGUGUGUUCAAGCUUUUAUAAAUAUCAAUACACAGUCUUUCAAAAA